GUGUGUAAAAGUGACCGUUAUUAGCCGCUAAAACUUGCCAAUGAGAACCGGUGGAUGUCUGUUUGCGUCAGACUUUACGCGCCUCACCGCAUGUCAAUUUCCAUCAAGGAGCUCUCGGUGAUUUCGCAUCUCAGUGCGCACAGAGGAGAGAUGGGUGAAUAUUUGCCUUACUGAACGUGGGGGUUUAAAUAUAGACUGUUGUUCAACUGCGAAUAAGAUUCUGGACAAAACAGCGUACCCCAACUGCGUCCUUCUUCACAUCUCUGUGGAUUCGACCCUCUGAACAUCUCUGACCCGUCAGACUCCUACCACCCACCGUCACCAUGCUUAAGAACAGCAAGGUGACCCUGGGACUCCCUCACAGUGAUCCAGUCACUGAGUCAGUGGCGGACCUCCUGACCCUGGCUGAGCCCCUGGAUUAUAAGAGUAGCCGGAUGAGUAUGGGUCUCAGCCCCGGGGCCCAGCCAGCCAUGGGCAAGGGCCUGCUGCCUUCUCCAGGGGACGAGGAGGGGAGGCCGGCCUGGAACAGCAAGCUGCAGUAUAUCCUGGCCCAAGUUGGGUUUUCUGUAGGCUUGGGCAACGUCUGGAGGUUCCCUUACCUGUGUCAGAAGAAUGGAGGAGGUGCGUACCUGGUCCCUUACUUUAUCCUCCUCAUUCUCAUUGGGAUCCCUCUGUUCUUUCUUGAGCUGGCGGUGGGACAGAGGAUCCGGCGUGGGAGCAUUGGAGUGUGGAACUAUGUUUACCCUCAGCUAGGAGGCAUCGGGGUCUCCAGUCUAAUGGUGAGAUGUGUGUGGCUGGGCCUGUACUACAAUGUGAUCAUCGGCUGGAGUAUCUUCUACUUUUUCCAGUCCUUCCAGUACCCGCUGCCCUGGGCAGAGUGCCCCAUCAGGGUGGUCAACGGAAGCCAAGCCAUAAUCGAACCGGAGUGUGAAAAGUCUUCUGCCACCACCUACUUCUGGUACCGGCAGACCUUGAACAUCACCAGCACCAUCGAGGAUAGCGGAGGCCUCAACUGGAAGAUGACCAUGUCCCUGUUCGCCGCCUGGCUCAUCGUCUGUCUGGCAGUGAUCAAGGGGAUUCAGUCAUCUGGGAAGGUGAUGUACUUCAGCUCUCUCUUCCCCUACGUGGUGUUGAUCUGUUUCCUCGUCAGAGGCCUGAUGCUCAAAGGAUCUGUUGAUGGCAUCGCUCACAUGUUCACCCCAAAGUUGGAGAAGAUGCUGGAGCCCCAGGUUUGGAGGGAGGCUGCCACCCAGGUGUUCUUCGCUCUGGGCCUUGGGUUCGGAGGGGUCAUAGCCUUCUCCAGCUACAACAAACGGGACAACAACUGUCACUUUGACGCAGCGCUGGUCUCUAUCAUCAACUUCAUCACCUCCAUCCUGGCUACGCUGGUGGUGUUCGCCGUGCUGGGGUUCAAGGCCAACAUCAUGAACGAGAAAUGUGUUGUGGAAAAUGCAGAGAAGAUCCUAGAUUACCUUAAAUCAGGUGUGUUGAGUCUUGAGCUGAUCCCUCCCCACGUCAACUUCUCUCACCUGUCAGCUGUGGACUAUCAGGAGAUGUAUGGAGUCAUCAAGACUGUCAGGGAGGACAGCUUCGAUCAGCUAGGACUGGACCCCUGUAUACUGGAGGAUGAACUCAACAAGGCAGUGCAGGGUACAGGCCUGGCCUUCAUUGCCUUCACUGAGGCCAUGACCCACUUCCCUGCCUCUCCCUUCUGGUCUGUGAUGUUCUUCUUCAUGCUGAUUAACCUGGGGCUGGGGUCCAUGAUCGGCACCAUGACAGGGAUAACCACACCUGUACUGGACGCCUUCCCCAAGAUCCGCAAGGAGUUCCUCUGUGUUGGUUGUUGCAUUGUGGCGUUCUUCUGUGGCCUGCUGUUCGUCCAGCGCUCCGGGAACUACUUUGUGACCAUGUUUGAUGACUACUCAGCUGGCCUGCCUCUCACUGUGGUGGUUAUAUUGGAGAAUAUAUCUGUUGCCUGGAUCUACGGCACCAAGAGGUUCAUGCAGGACCUAGAGGACAUGUUGGGUUUCAGACCCUACUCUUUCUAUUUCUAUAUGUGGAAGUACGUGUCUCCUGCCUGUCUCACCGUGCUCAUCGUUGCCACGGUGAUAGAGAUGGCCGUCAGUCCUGCAGGGUACAACGCCUGGGUGGAGGAACUGGCGUCGGAGAAGUUCCUCUCCUACCCUCCGUGGGCUCUGGGCGUAGCCUACUCCCUCAUCAUCGCCGCCAUGCUUCCUCUCCCCUGCGUUUUCAUCGCCCGCCACUUCAACCUGCUCUCUGACGGCUCCAACAAGCUGUCCGUCUCCUACCGUAAAGGCAUGACCAAGGAACUCUCUGGCCUAGAGGAGGAGAACGAGUCCCGCUUCAUCCUCGGUAAAGGCACCCCCAGCCCCAGCCCCUCGCCCAUGCCUUCUCACCGCCCCUACCUGGGGCCCGGCGGAGCCCAGGAGAUGACCAAUACGGCUGGAUAUGGUACCGGGACACCGACCAAGACGGGUUAUCAGAAUAUUAAUUCGCCGGAGUCCGAACUAUGAUUGAUCUGACUGACUGAAGCACAAGACACCCUAUCUAUCAAACACAACUCAAGAGAGAGAGAGAGAGAGAGAGAGAGAGAGAGAGAGAGAGAGAGAGAGAGAGAGAGAGAGAGAGAGAGAGAGAGAGAGAGAG